AUGGCAAAACAUUUGGAUGCGUUGAAUACAGGGCUUUCUUUGGACGACAUUUUGUGUCGUCCAUGUGUUGAGAUGCAAAGUGGAGGCUUUGAUCCUUCUAAAGGGAUUUUUCUUUGUCAAAAUAAAAUCCGGAGUAAAUCUCAAAUGGAAGAUACAUUAGUACAUGAGAUGAUCCACGCAUAUGACCAUUCAAAGUUUGCUGUUGAUUGGAAUAAUCUUUUUCAUCGUUCUUGUAGUGAAAUACGGGCAGCAAGUCUUAGUGGAGAAUGUGGCUGGUGGAAAGAAUUUAAAAAGGGUGCAAUUGGUACAUUUCGGAAACAUCAUCAGGAAUGUGUCAAGCGUCGAUCAGCACUCUCGGUUUCGAAGCAUCCUGCAUGUAAAGAUAUGGAACAUGCAAAACAAGUAGUGAUGCAAGUUUUUGAAUCAUGUUUUUCUGAUACACGUCCGUAUGAUGAAAGUAGUGGUUACAUUAUGAAAUCUUCAGAAAACACCGACCCUCUUGCUUUGCGCACAACAGAGCUUAUUCAUAAGAUCGAUGAAGCAUCUUCAACACUUCUUUCUCGGUUUUGUCAGAUAAUUGAUGUUAUUAGUAAUGAAGGAAAAGAUUCCUGUACUGUGGCUUCUGAGAGUUAUCAGAUUGAAGUUCAUGUUGCUUCAAUGAUUCGUUCUGCAGAAGAAUUAUUGUUGGUUUCACGGCUGAUCAAAGAAGCAUGGAUAUUGCGUGAAACAGAUACAUGGAGCUCUACCCCAGAACAAGUAUCGAAUAUGUCUAUGCCGUCUUUAGAUCAAAUUUCAGUCCUUUUGGAACAGUGCUGUUGUAGUCAAAAUUUGGGAAAUGAAGAAACUGAGUAA